AUGGAUGACGCCAGCGGUGACGCAGACAGUCCUCCGGACAGCCCGCCCUUCCGCCCGCCGCCCUCCGCCGCCGCGUUGGCGGACGAUGACGACGAGGGGGAAACGCUGCUGGGGGUGCGCGCCGCCUUCCCAGCGUCGUUCGGCCGCCAGGAGGAGCGCGUCACGCCGCUCGAGGCCGUGCACGCGCAGACGGCGCGCGCACACGCGGAGCGCGCCGGGGGGAAGGGGAAGAAGAAGGCUGGGGGGAUGAAGUUCAGCAUCGGGCCGAGCCUAGCGAAGAGGUUAGGCGACGGGGCCAAGGCAGGGCUGGCUGGAGCAGCGGCGGGGGGAGCAGCGGCGGUAGGAGCGGCAGGCGCUGGAGCUGUGGCGGAGAGGGGAGGUGCAGGCGGAGGAGCAGAGCGGGUGGGCGGAGAUGAAGCUGCGGGGGGGAGCUUGCGGGAGACGAAUGGUGGUAGUGCCGCAAGUGGCUGCGCUGGUGGGGCAACCAGGGACAGGGAUGGGGCAAGAGCGGUGAGGGAUGGAGGAGCAACAGAUGGGCGAGGAGCAGCGGUGGUGCAGGGCCAGGGCGAGGGCCAGGGCGAGGGCCAGGGCGAGGGCGAGGGCGAGGGCGAGGGCGAGGGCGAGGGCGAGGGCGAGGGCGAGGGCGAGGGCGAGGGCGAGGGCGAGGGCGAGGGGCAUGCAGUGAUCGGCCCUCCGCGGCCGCCGGGCCGCUUGGAGGACGGAGUUGGCGGACUGAUUGGGCCGCCUGCCCCUGCUGCUCGCAGCACACAGCAGCCCGGUGGGCGGAAGAAGAGCCGCUCGACAGCGCGGCAGGAUGGGGCGCACGGUGGGCAGAGGAGCGAUGGCAGUGAUGUGGAUGACGAUGAGGAGGAGGAGGAAGCAGAGGCGGAGGAGGAGGAGGAGGACGAGUUUGGAGUGCCGCUGAGCAAUGAGAUUGUGCUGGGGGGACACACCAAGGCAGUGGCGGCGCUGGCGGUGGACCCAACGGGCACGAGGGUGAUAAGUGGCAGCUACGACUACUCGCUGCGCUUCUACGACUUCCACGGCAUGGACUCGCGCCUCAAGGCAUUCCGGGAGCUCGUGCCGUUCGACGGACACCAAGUGCGCGCCGUCUCCUUCAGCCCCUCCGCUGACCUCUUCAUCACCGCCACCGGCAACGCCCAGGCCAAGGUGUACGACAGGGACGGGCGCAGCAAGGGCGAGAUGGUGCGCGGCGACAUGUACAUCCGCGACCUGCGCAACACCAAGGGGCACAUCGCCGGGCUCACCACCGCGCAGUGGCACCCCUGUGAGCGCCACACGGCGCUCACCGCGUCCGAGGACGGGUCGCUGCGCAUCUGGGAUGUGCGCGACUUCAAGUCGCAGAAGAAGGUGGUGAAGCCGAAGCUGGGGCGGCCGGGCAGGGUGCCGGUGACAGCAGCGGAGUGGGGCCCUGAUGGCCGCCUCGUGGCUGCUGGCCUCAAUGAUGGCUCGCUGCAGGUGUGGAAUGUGAAGUCAGGGUGGGGGUCGCUGCCGGACCUGCUGUGUGCUGACGCGCACGAGAGGGGCGACGACAUCACAGGGCUCGCCUUCUGCUCCGAUGCUUCCCUGCUCGUCUCCCGCUCCAUGGAUGGUACCAUGAAGCAAGCUGCUCUGCCUCAAGCAAGCUGCUCUGCCUCAAGCAAGCUGCUCUGCCUCAAGCAAGCUGCUCUGCCUCAAGCAAGCUGCUCUGCCUCAAGCAAGCUGCUCUGCCUCAAGCAAGCUGCUCUGCCUCAAGCAAGCUGCUCUGCCUCAAGCAAGCUGCUCUGCCUCAAGCAAGCUGCUCUGCCUCAAGCAAGCUGCUCUGCCUCAAGCAAGCUGCUCUGCCUCAAGCAAGCUGCUCUGCCUCAAGCAAGCUGCUCUGCCUCAAGCAAGCUGCUCUGCCUCAAGCAAGCUGCUCCCGUGCACUCGUUAAUGGAUGCUGGCAUCAGAAUGGAUGCUGGCAUCAGAAUGGAUGCUGGCAUCAGAAUGGAUGCUGGCAUCAGAAUGGAUGCUGGCAUCAGAAUGGAUGCUGUCAUCAGAAUGGAUGCUGGCAUCAGAAUGGAUGCUGGCAUCAGAAUGGAUGCUGGCAUCCGAAUGGAUGCUGGCAUCAGAAUGGAUGCUGGCAUCAGAAUGGAUGCUGGCAUCAGAAUGGAUGCUGGCAUCAGAAUGGAUGCUGGCAUCAGAAUGGAUGCUGGCAUCAGAAUGGAUGCUGGCAUCAGAAUGGAUGCUGGCAUCAGAAUGGAUGCUGGCAUCAGAAUGGAUGCUGGCAUCAGAAUGGAUGCUGGCAUCAGAAUGGAUGCUGGCAUCAGAAUGGAUGCUGGCAUCAGAAUGGAUGCUGGCAUCAGAAUGGAUGCUGUCAUCAGAAUGGAUGCUGGCAUCAGAAUGGAUGCUGGCAUCAGAAUGGAUGCUGGCAUCAGAAUGGAUGCUGGCAUCAGAACAUCAGAAUGGAUGCUGGCAUCAGAAUGGAUGCUGGCAUCAGAAUGGAUGCUGGCAUCAGAAUGGAUGCUGGCAUCAGAAUGGAUGCUGGCAUCAGAAUGGAUGCUGUCAUCAGAAUGGAUGCUGGCAUCAGAAUGGAUGCUGGCAUCGGUUCGUGUGGGACGUGCGCAAGUUCAAGCAGCCAGUGAGGGCGCUCUGGGACCUGCCGAACCACUACCAGCAGACCAACGUGGCGUGGAGCCUACUUUUGAGACGUCCCAAAAGUCAGCCCCCCCGCCCGUCCCCCCCCCUCGUCCGCAGGUGUGGGAUGUGCGCAAGUUCAAGCAGCCAGUGAGGGUGUACGCGGACCUGCCGAACCACUACCAGCAGACCAACGUGGCGUGGAGCCCCGACGAGCGCCUCUUCUUCACCGGCACCUCUGCAGAGAAAGGCGGGCGCGGCGGGCAGGUGAGGGUGGGGGGAGAGAAUGAGCGCAGGCGGGUGGUGUUGGAGAGACGAGGACUGCACUUCUACUCCAAGGAGUCGCUGAACCUCGUGCGCGUCACGGGCGUGUCCCCCGACCAGAGCGUUGUGCGCGUGCUGUGGCACGCACGCCUCAACCAGAUAUUCGCCACAUGUGGCGACAAGAAGGCGGGCGGGACGCACAUCCUCUACGACCCCACGCUCAGCGAGCGCGGUGCGCUGGUGUGCGUGGCGCGUGCCCCCCGCGCGCCGCGCCCCGAGGACCUGUGUGCGCGCGUGGCGGCGCCUGCCAUCCGCAACCCGCACGCGCUGCCCAUGUUCCGCGACGAGCCGAGCCGCAAGCGGCAGCGCGAGAAGGCGCGCAAAGACCCCGUGGCGAGCCAGCGCCCCGACCUGCCCAUGGAGGGACCGGGGCACGGCGGGCGCGUGGGGCAGACAAAGGGCACCCUGCUCACCCAGUACCUGCUCCGCGAGGGCGGGCUGCUGAAGGAGACGUGGAUGGAGGAGGACCCGCGAGAGGCCAUCCUCAAGUACGCCGACGCGGCCGCCAAGGACCCGCAGAUCAUCGCCCCCGCCUACGCUGCCACGCAGCCCACCACGCUGUUCCACGAGUCCGAUGACGAGGACAAGGACUAG